GCCGCGCGGCGGCGUCUGGCGGCGUCUGGCGGCUCCUCCUCCCGCACGCAUUUCAACUGCAGCCGCCGCAACGGAUGGAGCGAAGCGUCGCCGGCCGCGAGAGGCACCGCCGACCAUUUGCCAGCCCGUCAAAUUAGCUCCCGCCGCGGGGCUCUCAACGCCGCUCCAUUACGGUCGAAAAGUCCGACUUCCGCUUCCAAGAUUAAUUAACUGUGCGUUUUUUAUUUUUAUUUUUUUUUACCCUUUUAAAAAAAAAAAAAAUUAAAGGGCGUGUGUGAGCUGGCGGUAGGGGUUGGGGGAUCAUUUUUAACCGUUUCAUGUGGGUUCAGUGAAGCCGUUUUAGCCGGUCGAGGAUGGGCUGCACGCUGAGCACGGAGGACAAGGCGGCGGUGGAGCGGAGCAAAAUGAUCGACAGGAACCUGAGGGACGACGGCGAGAAGGCGGCCCGCGAGGUCAAGCUGCUGCUGCUCGGUGCCGGCGAGUCAGGCAAGAGCACCAUCGUCAAGCAGAUGAAGAUCAUCCACGAGGCGGGCUACUCGGAAGAGGAGUGCAAGCAGUACAAGGCGGUGGUCUACAGCAACACCAUCCAGUCCAUCAUCGCCAUCAUCAGGGCCAUGGGACGCCUCAAGAUCGACUUCGGCGACGCCGCCAGAGCCGACGACGCGCGGCAGCUGUUCGCGCUGGCGGGCUCGGCCGAGGAGGGCUUCAUGACCGCCGAGCUGGCCGGCGUCAUCAAGCGGCUGUGGCGCGACGGCGGCGUCCAGGCCUGCUUCGGACGCUCCCGCGAGUACCAGCUCAACGACUCGGCCGCCUACUACCUGAACGACCUCGAGCGGAUCUCGCAGGGCGCGUACGUCCCCACGCAGCAGGACGUGCUGAGGACCCGCGUCAAGACCACCGGCAUCGUGGAGACGCACUUCACCUUCAAAGAUUUGCACUUCAAGAUGUUCGACGUGGGCGGCCAGCGGUCGGAGCGCAAGAAGUGGAUCCACUGCUUUGAGGGCGUGACGGCCAUCAUCUUCUGCGUGGCGCUGAGCGACUACGACCUGGUCCUGGCCGAGGACGAGGAGAUGAACCGCAUGCACGAGAGCAUGAAGCUCUUCGACAGCAUCUGCAACAACAAGUGGUUCACCGACACGUCCAUCAUCCUCUUCCUCAACAAGAAGGACCUGUUCGAGGAGAAGAUCCGGAAGAGUCCGCUCACCAUCUGCUACCCGGAAUACGCAGGCUCCAACACGUACGAGGAGGCGGCGGCGUACAUCCAGUGCCAGUUCGAGGACCUGAACAAGCGCAAGGACACCAAGGAGAUCUACACGCACUUCACGUGCGCCACCGACACCAAGAACGUGCAGUUCGUCUUCGACGCCGUCACCGACGUCAUCAUCAAGAACAACCUGAAAGACUGCGGCCUCUUCUGAGGCGGGACGGACACUUUGCUCCUGGAGCCGGGCGGCAUCUUGGUCGGGGGGCGCCAACGAGAGGACAUCUCCGGAUCCCCCCCCCCCCCCACAACCCCCCUCCGAACCCGGGCUGUACAGUAACCCCCCUUUUUAACAAGCUUUAUUUAUGUUUUUCUUUCGGGACAAAUUUAUGUCGGAUAUUUGGACUUGUACUUUUUUCUGUGGUUUUUGGACCUUUGGGAGGAGAAGGUUCCGGUCAAGGGAGGUGGCCGACGUGUUGCCCCCCCCCCCCCCCCCAACAUUCCUCCCCCUGCGACAUUGUUACAAUCACAUCGGCGGUUCUGCUUUUGAAAGGCUGUUUAAAAAAAAAAAAAAAUCAACCGGCACGUGGCACAUUUUCUUGUAUGUAUAUGUUUUUUUUGUUUGUUUUUUUGUUAUUUUGCGGGGUGGGGGCGUUGGAUGCCUUUUGGUUUAUUUCCCUCGGGACGGACGAGCACACAAAACGGCAAAGGUUCGGCGUUGACCCCCUCCCCCUCCCCCUCACGAGGGAUGCGUCACUGAACCUUUGCGGACUCAUCUCUCUUAUUUUGAUAAUAAAAAUGCAAGGAAAGCUUUCCACGCUAGCCGUCCUUUUGGGUUCCGGUUCCAUCUCGGAGCGGUUGCGCUGGCUUCUGGCGUCUUUCCCACGUGACGAAACUGAUGUCCCUGCCCCGGACUGACUCGAGUUUGGCACACGUGGACCCGAUAGCAAUUUAGAGGACGCGAUCGUUUGAUCGUUCGGCCGAUCUUUGAACUUCGGGAAAAUGAUGUCAAAGACGAUUAUUUUCGAGGCCGCUUCGUACCGAGCCGGUCCUGGACCUUGCACUCCGAACGUGUUCUGGCGUCUGUUAAGCCGAAGGCUUCCGCUUGCUUCCCGGACUCGGCUUUCAGGUUAAUGUGUUCUUGUUCUUGUUGGCUCCAUUUUGUGUCAACAAAGUACUUUUAGUUUUAUGAUAUUGCGACCUUUUGUACUUUUGUACUUCUCCGGGCUGUCGGCUUCCCCGUCGCGCAGAUGAAAAAAGUCUUAUCGGGCCCCGGCCGCAGCAGCCCGUUCGGUGCCCCCGGGCUCGCAUUGUUCACCGGGCCACGCGGAUAUCAGGACUCGGCCUUCUGGGCAGGAGGUCUGGACUCUUUUAGCAGACAAGUUCUGUUAUCUCGCCUUCUAUUUUCAAUUUUUGGAUCACG